CUAGUCAAGCCAGACCUCGCCGAACGUGGCGAUGUCUGUCGCAUGGCCGAGGCUCUCGUCCCCUUUGAUCCUUUCGAAACAAUGCCAUAAGGCUGGAGUCUCAACCUAAUCGAUAGUCUGCGCUCAACACACGCUGAUGCACGGACCGCGGCAACCAUGUCAUCUUUUGACUAUCUUGUGCGUUUCGAGGACGAGCAUGGCAAUUUCCUAUAUGGACACGCCACUGCCGACGACCUACGAUCAGAGAUGGUAGGUCAAAGUCUGGACAUUUACGAUGGCAGCGUGCCUUGGGACGCAGGCUUCACUCUUUCCAACCGCAAGGGAAGAGUAUGCAAGGUGCUGAGUCCGUUAGCGAGUACACCCAUCAUACAUGGGGUUGGGUUGAACUAUAAGGCGCACGCUGAUGAGGGCAAUAUGAAACUGCCACCAUAUCCGAUACUCUUUGUGAAGUUCCCUGAUGCUUUGGCAAAUCCAUACGAUGACAUCCCAGUCAACAAAGAAGCCUGGCAACUGGACUAUGAGGGCGAGCUUUGCGUAGUAAUCGGCAAGGACUGCAAGAAUUUGUCCGCUACAGACAACCCACUUGAUUACGUCCUAGGCUAUGCCGUUGGUAACGACAUCUCCUCACGCUACUGGCAAGACAAGACCCGUGCAAGCGGCCAACAUGGCUACGCCAAAUCCAUGGAUAAGUUCGCCCCGCUGGGCCCAGUCAUUGCCUCGACACGAGUGAUCCCAGACCCUUCCAGGCUGCAGCUCACAACGCAUGUGAAUGGAGAAUUGAGACAGAAAUCGGGCACAGACAACAUGAUUUUUGAUGUGCCGACACUCAUCAGGCAUUUAAGUCGUGGUAUCACCCUUCGUGCAGGUACCGUCAUCAUGACCGGCACACCAGAAGGCGUAGCAGCAUUCAUCAAGCCUUCGCCAUGGUUGGAGGACGGGGAUGUGGUGGAGAUUGAGAUCAGCAGCAUUGGAAAGAUCCGCAACAAGAUGGUGUUCGAAGAUGCGACGUCCACUCCACCAGAUGACAGCGCUCCAGGAUUUGGAUAGACUCAGCUGCUUAUUGAACGGCGGCUUGAAACACG